CUCCGUCCCGAAACCUACAAACAAACCAGGGAAUAAAAAUCCGAUUUUUACAUAAAAAUUUCAUCUUUCGGCGACGACGAGAGAAUCUUGAGAUUGGAUUCGAUUUCAGGGCAGUAACUUUGAUUGGAGUCUUUAGAUUCGUCACUCUCAAUUUGUGUUGUGCGUUCUUUCAGAUCUGGGGGAAUCUCCGAAUUUGGAAUUGAAAAAUCACAGAUGUCGAAACCUUGGGGUGGAAUCGGCGCAUGGGCCGAUGAGGCUGAGCGUGCCGAUGAAGAGCAAGCUGCUGAAGCUACAGCCACGGCGGCGGAUUCUCAGAGUUUCCCGAGUUUGAAAGAGGCUGCGACUGCUAAGUCUUCUAAGAAGAAGAAGAAGAUGACUUUAUCGGAGUUUAGCCAAGGAGCAUACACUGCUCCGAGUUCUGCUGGAUUGACGAGGGAACAGAUGCUUCAGCUUCCUACUGGUCCAAGACAACGUUCUGAGGAGGAAAUGCAACCUGGUCGUCUCGGUGGUGGAUUCUCUUCUUAUGGUGGAGGAAGGUCUAGUGGACCUCCGGGAAGAAUGUCACGAGAUCGAGACGAUUCUGAUGGGUCUUGGGGCGGUGGUGGUGGUGGUAGGAGAUCUUAUGGCGGAUUUGAUGAUGAUCAGAGAGGAUCUAAUUCUAGGGUUUCUGAUUUCCCACAAGUUUCUAGGGCUGAUGAGGAUGAUGAUUGGGGAAAAGGAAAGAAAUCGCUUCCUUCGUUUGAUCAAGGACGUCAAGGUAGUCGUUAUGGUGCUCUUGGAGGCGGUGGUGGUGGUGGCAGUUUUGGUGGAGGAGGUGGUGGUGCUGGCAGUUAUGGCGGAGGAGGUGGUGGUGCUGGUGGUGGAGGUGGAUUCUCUAAAGCUGAUGAGGUUGAUAAUUGGGCAGCGGGUAAAGCAAAAUCAUCUACAUUUGGGUCGGGUUUCCGUGACUCUGGACCGGAGCCUGACCGGUGGGCCCGAGGAGUCCUCCCUUCCGGUGGUGGUGUUCAGGAGGAGCGUCGUCGUCUUGUAUUGGAACCACGAAAGGUUGAUGCAGGAGUGAGUGAAACUCCAACUGCAGGGAAGACGAGUAAGCCAAACCCAUUUGGAGCUGCUAGACCGAGAGAGCAAGUUUUGGCGGAGAAAGGAUUGGACUGGAAGAAACUUGACUCGGAUAUUGAGGCCAAAAAGGGACAAACGAGCCGACCAUCGAGCGCGCAAUCGAGCAGACCAUCAAGUGCUCAAUCUAACAGGUCCGAGAGUUCAGCAUUGAACAAUGUGGAGAAUGUGGUGAAACCGAGGCCAAAGGUGAAUCCUUUCGGUGAUGCAAAACCUCGGGAAGUAUUGCUGGAGGAACAAGGGAAAGAUUGGCGCAAGAUUGAUUCUGAACUCGAGCAUCGCAGGGUUGACAGGCCUGAAACAGAAGGAGAGAGGAUGUUGAAGGAAGAGAUCGAAGAACUACGGAAGAAACUCGAGAAGGAAGCAGCCAUUGCACCUGAGAGCAAGGAGUCUCAACAGGAAUCCGACAGUAAUCACCAAAAUCUACCGGAUCUCAUACGCGAGAAAGAAAAGGACCUGGACUUACUGAUCCGUGAACUGGACGACAAAGUCAGGUUCAGGCCACGAGCAGUUGAGAGGCCUGGAUCCAGUGCAAGCAGAGCCGGUUCCUAUUCAGAAAGACCUCAUUCACGGGCUGGAUCAAUCGAUGAGUCUAGGAACGUCGAAUCCAUGGAAAGACCUAGAUCACGUGGCACAGGCGAUAAUUGGCCAAGACCAGUAGAUGAUCGAAGAAACUUCCAAGGAAGCAAGGAGCGUGGAUUCUUCAGCAACAGAAACUUCGACAGGUCAUCGUCGUCAAGGGAAGGAUGUCAUCUUCUAUUUCAGAUGUGUGUAGCUUUGUUUAUAGUCAAGGCUUUGUCAUUUUGGUUAAAAGUGAGAUUUCACAUUUUGGGAUUCGUUGCACAUAGCUUGACAAUCAUGUUAAGCAAUAAAGAAGACUUGAAAGAUAAGAGAUUUCCAGAGACUGAAGUUUCCAUUGAAUGUAUUGUUCUUGGAGAACUUAAUCGGAUUCAGGACAUGGCUAAUCGAACAGACAAUUCGAAUCGCUGUUCGAAUGGUAAAAAGCCAAAUGAUGGAAUGAGACUCAUUAUAGCAACAUUCGUAGGAAUAGUUAUCGGUUUCUUCUUGGGGAUAUCUUUCCCUACAUUAUCACUAACAAAAAUUUGGGUUCCAUCGAAUCCCCGAGGUGCAGAGAUGCUGACUCCUGGUAUCAUUGCAUCUGAAUCAGAUUACUACAUACGCAGACUUUGGGGAUUACCUGAGGAGGAUGUUCCUGUGAAGCCAAAGUAUCUCAUUGCUUUUACUGUCGGUUUUGGUCAGAAAGUAAACGUUGAUGCUUGUGUCAAGAAGUUUUCAGAAGAUUUCACUAUUGUCCUCUUCCACUACGAUGGACGAACCACAGAAUGGGACGAAUUCGAAUGGUCCAAACGCGCAAUACACGUGAGCGUGCCAAAGCAAACCAAAUGGUGGUAUGCUAAACGGUUUCUGCAUCCUGACAUCGUGGCACCUUAUGACUAUGUAUUCAUCUGGGAUGAAGACCUCGGCCUUGAAAACUUCGAUGUAGAAGAGUACAUCAGGCUGAUAAAGAAACACGGUCUAGAGAUAUCGCAGCCUGCUGUGGAGUCUAAAAAAAAGAUCACGUGGGAGAUAACAAAGAGAAAAACCAAAGGAGAAGUUCACAAAGAUGCCAAGGAGAAACCAGGUCGAUGCAACGACCCUCACUUGCCUCCCUGUGCUGCGUUUAUAGAGAUUAUGGCUCCUGUAUUCUCAAGAGAUGCCUGGCGUUGCGUGUGGCAUAUGAUUCAGAACGACUUGGUUCACGGUUGGGGUCUUGAUUUUGCACUCCGUAAAUGCGUCGAGCCUGCACAUGAGAAGAUAGGAGUUGUGGAUUCUCAAUGGAUUAUUCAUCAAUCUCUUCCUUCUUUAGGCAGCCAGGGAGAGGCACAAGAUGGUAAAGCAGGGUGGCAAGGGGUGAGAGACAGAUGUAAACGGGAAUGGACAAUGUUUCAAAGCCGAUUGGCAAGUUCCGAGAAGCAGUAUCUCAAGGAAAUCGCAAACUCAACGAUUCAUUAGCUGAAGAAACUAAACAAACAGAAAGACAAGGGGAGGAUUAUACAAUGACAUGGUAGAGUCCAGAAAUGAUUAAGCAAAUCCAAGUUAUACUGUUCAUAUGAUAACUAAGCAACUAUACACAGGACACAUUUUUUAAAGAAACUAUUAGAGAUCAU